AGUUUACCUGUUUUCCAAAGUUGCUGGUUCAAUACAGUCUCCACCAGGAUCACAACCGCCGAUCGGCUCGCUCUUACUGCUAGUGCGACCUUCGCCUAGGUAGCGGCAAAGGUAGAGCAUUUCAGUCAGUCAAUUUGUUCAUCGAGGCUUCCGGUACAAGACUUUGGCUGAAGUUUCUCCAGGGAUUUUAUUUGGUAUCUUUCUUUAUAUUUUUCAAUUAGUCCAUAUUGUAAUUUACAACAGCCAUCUCUAAAACCCCAUACGGAAAAUUACUACUAUAAUGAAGGGAGUUAAGUCCAAGAUUUCACUUGUAAAUCUUUGAUGCCUAGCGAAGAUUCUUUGAAGCGGCUUUUGGGUUCUCUUUCUUAACGGUAAAGAUCCCACUCUUCCUGCAAUUUUUUGCCAUCAUUGUGAUUUAUCUAAAAAAAGAGUUUCUGCAGAAAGAUUAGUUAAAGGAAUAAAUUUGGAGGCUUUGUAUUAUUUUGGUUUCCGGAAUUUUCUAUGCUAAGAUUUUGUAUUUUCAGCAAUGGUGUUUUGUAAAUUUAAGUGGGUGAUUAGAUUUAAGUGGAUUUAGUUAUUUAUUUUAAAAAAUAUUAUUAAAAAAAUAGUGACAUGGACUCCACGUUGGUAUUUUAAUUGAUGUGUUCUUUGGUUAAAGAGUCGUACUUCUGAAGUCUGGCUGGACAGAACAAAUUAUACAAGAAGUUUGGCUGUCAUGAUUAUGAAGCUAAAUCCGUGUUAGUCAAGGAUCUUCAAUUUCAUUUUAGUGAAAAAAAGCCAAAAGAAUCAGUGACUUCAAGAACCUAUUGUGAAAGCAGUGUAAUUUGAUAAAAACACGUUUCAGAGAACUGCAAGAGGGGGAAGAAAUAUGGGAUAUUGGCUCAUGCUCAGUGCUGUUAUUGCCGUAACGCUGGUAAUUGCUCAAGCAGUGAGAUUAUUGUUAAUGGUAAUCAAUGGCUGGAGAAAUAGAAAGAAGGCUGUUGGGGUCUUCCACCCAUACACCAAUGACGGAGGUGGCGGAGAACGAGUCUUGUGGUGCGCUGUGAAAGCCAUCCAAGAUGAAAACCCAAAUCUAGAUUGUGUCAUAUAUACAGGAGAUCAUGAUGCUUCUCCUGACAGCCUUACUGGCCGUGCCCUUGAUCGAUUUGGAGUCAAAUUAAUCCACCCUCCUAAGGUGGUCCAUCUGCAUAGGAGAAAGUGGGUCGAAGAAACCACUUACCCUCGUUUCACAAUGAUUGGUCAAAGCUUUGGAUCGAUUUACCUUUCUUGGGAAGCUUUGUGCAAAUAUACACCCUUAUAUUACUUUGAUACUAGUGGAUAUGCUUUUACUUAUCCAGUUGCCCGUGUAUUUGGAUGCAAAGUUUUUUCCUAUACUCAUUAUCCAACUAUCAGUUUAGACAUGCUAUCUCGUGUUCGUGGGCGCAGUUCAAUGUACAACAAUGAUUCCUUGAUUGCCAAGAGUGCGAUACUAUCCCGGUUCAAGGUUGUUUAUUAUACGUUGUUUAGCUGGCUGUACAGCUUUGUCGGUUCUUGUGCACACCUAGCGAUGGUUAAUUCUUCAUGGACCCAAUCUCAUAUUGAGAAGCUGUGGGGAAUACCAGCUCGAAUAAGGCGCGUGUAUCCUCCUUGUGAUACUUCUAGGCUUCAGGCGCUUCCGCUGGAAAAGUCAAUGAAGCCUCCGAAGAUAGUAUCUGUGGCUCAGUUCCGUCCAGAGAAGGCACACCCUCUCCAACUUGAGGCAUUUGCAGUUGCCAUCAAGAAGUUAGACCAAAAUCUGCCAAGGCCGAUUAUCCAAUUAGUGGGUAGUUGUAGGAAUGAAGCAGAUGAGAAAAGGUUGCAAAAUCUGAAGGACCUAGCUAUUAAACUGAAUGUGGAUGAUCAUGUUGAGUUCCACAAGAAUGUCAUGUACAGUGAUUUGGUCACACUUUUGGGUGGUGCUGUAGCCGGAAUCCAUUCCAUGACAGAUGAGCACUUUGGCAUAAGUGUAGUUGAAUAUAUGGCUGCUGGCGCGAUACCAAUUGCACAUAAUUCAGCUGGCCCAAGGAUGGAUAUUGUGUUACCAGAAGAUUCGAAGCAGACUGGGUUCCUUGCCCAGAGCAUAGAGGAAUAUGCUGAAGCCAUUAUUGAAGUCAUUAAGAUGCCAGAGAAUGAGAGGCUGGAGAUAGCUGCUGCUGCGAGGAAGCGAGCCUCCAUGUUCUCAGAGCAAAGGUUUUAUGAAGAUUUUAAGGCUGCUGUACGAUCAAUCUUUUGUGAUGGUACCAAAUGAUUACAAAAUCUUUGUUUCCAUAAAUACAAGAGAUGAAUUUUGUUGCAACAUACUUAGACUUUGUCCUAUCUUGUCUUUUUCUGGUUUUCCUUUUUCUUUAUAAAGUUUACUUUAGAUUGUAUUUAUACUUUGUCAGUACCUUCAGCCUUGAAGUUACUAAUUACAGGAAAAAAGUCUGCCUCUGAUUUGGCAGUUAGAAUAAAAGAGAUGGUCCUCCUUUCUUUAGGUUUAGCUAAAGUAGAUAGUCAUAUACACUGGCACGGCGGGGCGUUACAGAUGAAGGGAAUAAUAUUUAUGGGUCUAAUGUCUGUCUGGUGAAAAGAAAUUCAAUUCUAUCUUUAAUUCAUGUUGAA